AUGACAACCAUCCGCAGGUUCUGCUGCGAUGAUCUCCUCCGCUUCGCUCCCGUGAACUUCGACCACCUCACAGAGACCUUCAACAUGUCUUUCUAUAUGACGUACUUGGCUCGCUGGCCGGACUAUUUCCAUGUCGCCGAGGCCCCCGGUGGUCGAAUCAUGGGUUACAUUAUGGGAAAAGUUGAAGGGCAAGGCGAGUCUUGGCAUGGUCAUGUAACUGCAGUAACUGUUGCUUCAGAGUAUCGCAGGCAACAAUUAGCCAAGAAACUCAUGAAUAUGCUGGAGGACAUCAGUGAUAAGAUGGAUAAGGCUUACUUUGUUGAUCUUUUCGUGAGGGCAUCCAACAUGCCGGCCAUAAAAAUGUAUGAAAAGCUUGGAUAUGUAAUCUACCGACGUGUUCUUCGGUAUUACUCCGGGGAAGAAGACGGGUUGGAUAUGCGGAAAGCAUUAUCUCGUGACGUUAAGAAGAAGUCGAUCAUACCCCUGAAAAGGCCUGUAACACCCGAUGAACUUGAAUACGAUUGAUACUUGCACAGGAUGAUGCUUUCAAAACAACUAUAGAACUUUUAUUAUAUACAGUGUUUGUUCGCCGACAUAUAUGAAGUUAUUUUCUGCUGUCAGUUAAACAAUUUUUUGGAAGAGAACCAUAGCAAUGUGCCUGCUGAGAGUUGCUGGUGGGCAGUGAGCAGCAUAGUAAGAGCUCUUUGCCACACUAAGAAAAGUUUGCUUGGUCUUUUUCUCCAAGCCAUUAGAUGAUUUCUGCAGCACAAGCCUAACCAGCUCUUGCAUCUCUGAUUCAACUGCUCUCUCAAUGCUGCUCCUUGUUUCAUCCUGGUCAAAAGUCAGCAUAUGAAUCAUUGAUGAUAAAAACUUGCAGUAACUCCACAAAUUUCAUUUUUGUUUACUCUUUCAUGUCAAUGUGCCAUUUGUUUCACCAAACCAAUUGCAUGAAAAUAUAAAAAUAAAAAUAAAAAGUUUUGGGGUUU